UGUAUUACAGGCAGUACUACUACUGCACAACAAGCCCUGUGUAAAGCAGCACCAGGAUAAAAACAACAUGUGUGGUUGGAAAUAGGAGAGGCAGAAGAUAAUUAACUAAUUUUGGGGAUAUGAUUUGAUAGGAAGAUUAAACAGAGGAAUGGACAUCAGAAGAGCCACAGCUCCAGACAAUGACAGCAGCAGCUACCGUAAAAAAACCAGCGAAGAAGAGGACCGACCAGGCAGCUAGGCUAAGUGAAGCUAACUGAAGCUAACUGAAGCUAACUGUGUUCAGCCGCUGACAGCUGUGAAGAUAUAACUGCGGUGUAAUGCGAGCUCCUCUGCGCUGGGUGCUAUGGGAUGUGAAAGACACCCUGCUGAAGGUGCGUGCAUCUGUGGGAGAGCAGUACUGCAAGGAGGCUGAACGAGUGGGCUUGAAGCUCAGCCCCGUGGAGGUCGAAGCUGCUUUCCUCCAGGCGUAUCGACAACAUUCCAGCAGGCACCCGAACUAUGGCGUCACUCAGGGCCUGGAUGGACGGUCCUGGUGGAUGGGGGUGGUGCGGGACACGUUCUCCCUGUGCAGGGUACAGGACCCAGCCCUGCUAAAUACAGUGGCUCACAACCUUUAUCACAACUUCUGCAAUGCAGAGAACUGGGAGGUAUAUCCAGACUCAAAGAAGACCCUGGAGAGUUGCUCGUCUCUAGGACUGAAGCUGGGGGUGGUAUCAAACUUUGAUAACCGCCUAGAAGAGAUUUUACGCACUUGUGGCCUGCUGUCUCACUUCAGCUUUCUGAUAACAUCGGAGGAAGCAGGUAUAGCAAAGCCGAAUCCUGCCAUCUUUAAUCAGGCGCUGCAGAAAUGUGGAGUACCAGCUGCAAGUGUAGCUCAUGUUGGGGACCACUAUGUGAAUGAUUACCUCGCCUCUCGGUCUGUGGGCAUCCACGGGUUCCUGUUAGACAGACACAACAAGCAUAACCAACCUGACGUUCCCGGAGAACAUCGGCUCAGCUCCCUGGAGGAGCUGCCGUCGCAGCUACAGCAGCACAUGGACUAAUGCCAAACAGUCAUGGGCUCAAAUGCAAAGCUUCUCAGCACGACUGUGAUUUAGUUAAGGAACUCAUUUCUGGGAUGCGGCCAUGUUGACCAGAGUGGGCUAGCAAACCACUUUAGAGCUCAAAUUAAAUGCUCCUCACUAUUGUUAUCAAAAAUAUACAUUUAGAUUCUGAAUAUUUGAACGGUUUCAAUCCUCAUUUUCGAUACACUGGUACAACUACAAAAUCUAAAAACUCCAGUAUCGUGACAACACAUAUUUAUAGAAAAAAAAAUAAUGGGUUGUAAUAUAAAAACUGUAUGUACAGUGUGUAAUUAUCAUGCACUUUUACUGUAAAUAAAUUGGGAGCAAUAAAUAUCAA